AUGGCCAGCCAACGUUUUUCCACCAACAUACAGCAGGAAGUGACCUGCCCCAUCUGCCUGGACAUUCUGAAGGACCCUGUCACCAUUGGCUGUGGACACAACUUCUGCCGUAAUUGCAUCACUCAGCUUGGGGAAACUUGCGAUAAUUUCCUCCAAUGCCCCCUCUGCAAAAGUUCCAUGAGGAAGGAUGCAUUUGUAUCCAACUGGCAGUUAGGGAGUCUUGUGGAAAAAAUUCAAACAAUGGAUCUUUCUGAGGUGCAACUGGAAGAGGAGGAGCUGAGAUGUCCAAAGCAUAGGAAAAAGCUACACUACUUCUGCGAGGAGGAUGGGAAACUCCUCUGUGCAACAUGUCAUGAGUCGAACGAACACAAAUCCCAUAACACCAGCACAAUGGAAGAAGCUGCCCAUCAUCAUCAGGAGCAGAUCCAGUGGCAUAUUGAGAUCUUGGAGCAAAAGGAGCAGUUAUUAGCACAUAUGAAGGCAGAGGAUGAAGAGAGGAUCAGUGUCUUCACGGUAAGGAAAACGUUCAUACUGUGA